UCCUAUCGGUUGUGCACGGUUGUGCUUGGCAGCUGCCUGGGCGCCUACUACUCGCCAAUUUGCUAACUUGGACGCGCGACACGUCCAGCGCGCACACCUGUGCGCGCCACUAGCUGCUGUUGCUCCGCCAGCUACUCGCACGGCACAAGACAUUUUUAAUUUGCACCCAAACUGCUCGCAGCUCGAAGUUAUCUGCACCAAAUUUGGCACGCGCGAAGUUUCUGUGUUGUUGUUGUUGUUGUUGCCCUCUGCCCGCGGACUCUGCUGCUUUUGUUGCCGCCGCUGCUGCUGCUGCUGCUGUCGAGUGAUUUUUUGCUUGAAGGAAGGGGCAGAAAAAUACAAAAAAUCUCAGCUAAGUGUUUUACAACUUGAAGGCAUUAAGUUGCCCCGUUCAGUGUCCUGCGGCCACGCUACAAAUCUUGACUUGCCAAGCGAACUUCUCUGUCAGCAAUAAAAGGCAACAACGACAAAUGACAGUUACAAUCAGCAUGUCCUGCGCAGCGAGCGCCCCUUACUCUGUGUAUGCCAUAGGGCAACGAGUCAUCGGUGAAUGGCAGGCCAAUAAUUGCAUUGCAUCCAAGGACUAAGCUCGGCCCCAACACCAGCCAGGCGACAGCCACAAUAACGACUUGCCCCACACCAUGACACUCAUACGCAGGCUAACGGCGACGGCUUCGACGGCGGCAAGGACGCUGCUCGAGGAUGCGGGCGCAGGGACGAAGUCACAGCCCGUUUACAUGCCGCUGCUCCUGGAGGCAACGGCCACGCUGCCCUCAGCAGCGAGAUCAACCUCGGCGGCUGCGGCAGCGGCAGCAGCGGCGGCUGCUGCUGCGGCUUCCCAUGCGAGUUAUUUGAAUUUCGUUGCCGAUGGACUCAUCGAUGUGGACGAUGUGGACGGCAACGGUGGCAGCAGCUCAGUUUCCCUGGAAAAUAUUGCCGGCGGCCAGGCGCCGGACAAUGGCAGCUCGGCCGCGACUGCCGCCGAAACGGGCAGCGCGCACCUGACAUUCGUCAUCGUCAAGUGUUUCAUUAUUGGUUUCAUCAUACUGGCCGCCAUACUAGGCAACAUGCUGGUGAUUGUCUCCGUCAUGCGGCACAGGAAACUGCGCAUCAUUACCAACUAUUUUGUGGUUUCACUGGCGGUGGCCGACAUGCUCGUUGCGCUUUGUGCAAUGACUUUCAAUGCUUCCGUCGAGAUAUCUGGCAGAUGGAUGUUCGGGUCGGUAAUGUGCGAUAUCUGGAACAGUUUCGAUGUCUACUUCUCCACCGCCAGCAUCAUGCAUCUGUGCUGCAUUUCGGUGGACAGGUACUAUGCCAUAGUCCAGCCACUGGACUAUCCACUCAUAAUGACGCAUCGUCGGGUCUUUAUCAUGCUCCUAAUGGUCUGGCUAUCACCGGCGCUGCUCUCGUUCCUACCCAUCUGCUCGGGCUGGUACACCACGAACGAGAACUGGAAAUAUCUCAAGUCCAAUCCCCAUAUAUGUGAGUUCAAAGUGAACAAGGCCUACGCCAUUGUGAGCUCGUCGAUGAGCUUUUGGAUACCGGGAAUCGUCAUGCUGUCCAUGUACUAUCGCAUUUACCAGGAGGCCGACCGGCAGGAGCGUCUGGUGUACAGAUCCAAAGUAGCCGCCCUGCUGCUGGAGAAGCACCUGCAGAUUAGCCAAAUACCCAAGCCGCGGCCCAGCAUACAGGUGGAGCAGUCAACCAUAACGACAAUGAGACGCGAGCGGAAGGCAGCCCGCACACUGGGCAUCAUAAUGAGCGCCUUUCUGCUCUGCUGGCUGCCCUUCUUCUUAUGGUACAUCACAUUCACUCUCUGCGACAGCUGCAAAACACCGCGAAUCGUGGUCGGCAUAUUGUUCUGGAUUGGCUAUUUCAACUCGGCGCUGAAUCCAAUAAUUUAUGCAUAUUUCAAUCGCGAUUUCAGGGCCGCUUUCAAAAAGACGCUCAAGAGCUGUUGCCCCAAUGCGCUCAUCAAUUGUCGCACCAGUUUCCGGGCAGCUGGAGGCGGCCACGGUAUAGGCGGCGGCCAGAGGAGAGCCAAUGGUGCCCGGAACGGAUCCGCUGAGCUGCCCAACUGUAUGAACUCGACGGCCUCGUCGGAGAUACAGAUGAACGUGAUGCGUGCUCGACAGUAUGCGGCUGGCACGCCCACAACGACCGGCGGGGAUCCGCUGCAGCUGCAUCCGCUCUACACUAAUUAAAGCAUUUGAGCCCUAUUCGCUCUAUCAGCUCUUCUUCAGCUAAGUGUGUGCGUGUGCAGAUGCUCAACCCAAUCCAUGCCUAAAGGCAAAUAGGUAUUCCGUAUAUGUUUUACUAAUCUAUGCCCGAAAACUAUGACCACGCUAAGCUACAGUAAAAAUGGGUUCGAAACGAACACGACAAUCCCACAGUAAAAAUUGAGCCUUCAAAAGAAAACAAAACAAAACAAAA